AGACGGACUCUUUGUGAGCGGUGAUAGCCAACCCAACCAGCUUCUUCUUUAACCAGUCAGUCGGAAGGCGCAAACCAAAGCGAACGGACGCAAAUCCGGAAUCUCCACCCAGGAGAAGAACAUUGGACCAGUACACCAGCAUUACACUCCAACUCCAAGGUAUUCCUGGAGUUGAGACAGUUCGGGUGAAUGAGAAUACUUUGAACGUGAACUUGGUGAAACGUUCUAGGACCGUGCGGAAUAGUGACCGAUUACAUUAGUUCCAAUUCCGUAAAUCGGAAGUAACCUAGAUAUUUUACAGUUCGGGUAGAAGAACUCACGGUUUUGUGAACGACGGCCGCCCCCUGAGGCUGGUUAAGAAAUCGAAAAUCACAGUGAAGAAAGUUGCAAUUACCCCUAUUGGAAAGUGAAAAUUAUACGUUCUUACGGUACUCCCGAGUGUGUGCGGUUGGCCAAAGGCUAAUGACUUUCCGCUGAUCCAGUCCGGUUCGGUUUGGUCCGGGAACGAACGGCGAAGGCGAUUUUUUCUCAUUGCAUUUGUUUGGGGUCUGUGCUCCUGCUGUUGCAAAACAACAACGUAAGCAGAGGGGGCAGGCGUGCUUGAAGCAGCGAACGGCGACCGCAACAAACAGUUUAACGCGCGCGGGCUCCAGGCUGGACUAGGGAAGAGAGGUGCGCUCGAGCGCAUUCCAAGGCGCACGUAUAUUCCAGAAACAGGCGCGGAGAGAGCGAGAAAUACUAGUGGACGGUGAAGUGAAGGAGAAAAUAACGCGCGAUGAAGCACAAAUCCAUAUUGCUACUGUGCCUGCUGGUGGGCCCCGCACUGGCCAGGCCGAAUAUGGAACCCAUCUACUACCGUUCCAAUAGCAAUCCGCUGGAGGUGACGGAGGAGCUGAUUCCGACGACGAACGCACUACCAUUGGUCGCGUCCGGUGGUGAGUCAGAUCAUCAGACAUCGACCGGUGCUAGUAGUGGCGGCAACAGUAACAGCAAUCCAGCGACCCAGGCGACACCAACGGUGGCUCCCGGAACUACUCUGAGUGCAGUUUCCACAACGACGACAAGCCCAGCUCCAUCCACGCUGGCCCAGGAUCACAUUAGCAGCCCUCUGUUCAGACGCCCGGAAAAUCCACUGAAGACGAAGAUCGGAACCUCGGGAUACGUGGUAUCUACCAGUACAAAAAUCUUGACCAGUGCAGGAUUGCAUCACUCGUCAAAGGGAACCGUAGGAGAAGCCAAGGCUAACGAUCAGAUUGUCACAUAUGAUAACUUUGCCAGUCAUGCUGGAGUUGCCGAACCGUUGUCCGAGGAGGAAUAUCACAAGGAACUCAGCAAGGCGAACGACAGAGUACGCAUUAGGCUUCAACCGACGACCACUACCCCUAAGGAGGGACUUUCUACUUGGGUCCUUCUCAGUGAAAGUAACUCACCGACGUCCACGGAAUCGAAAAAGGAAAUUGUCACUACGACCAGGCCACCCACCACUACGACAAGACGACCAGCUACGACUAUCGCGAGGAAACCAUCGACUACAGCUCGACGACGACCAACCACUAGUACACGGGCGACCACUGUGUCUGAAGAGAAGAAAGAGAAAGUCAACAAAUUCAUGACUCGAAUUAAGGUAACUGAUGGACCGAAACCUAAAUUGGAGGACAGUUCUCCCAAGCCGGAGAUUAUCGUCAAGAAAACGAAGAAACCUUUCACACCAACGAGUGCAAAGACUACCACUACAACGACAACAACAGCAGCACCGACUACGACAACUACUGAACUGACUGUAACUGAGUCUGCCUUUGGGCCUACAACAUCUUACGACAAUGCAGAUGACAACGCUGUGGAGACAUCUACCUUCCUUAUCUUGGAGCCGAAGGAUGCUCAAUUUGAUUUGCCUGAAGAUCGCUCACCAGCUAAAGUUGCGAAGAAGAAAGUUACUCGUAAGCCAACUACGCCUGCAACUGCUACCAAAAAGAAGCCAGUCACCAAGAAGAAGAAGCCCGAAGAGAAAGAAGCCCUUCGACCAAGCGAGAAGAAACCGCCAGCUAAGAGCAAACCAAUUUCAACGCAGAUCAUGAACUAUCUGUCCCGUGAAGUCGUUCCCACCGUCGGAGUAGGCCUGGUCGGAUUGGUAAUCACAGCAGGCCUGGCAUCGUACUUCCUCGGUAGUCCACUAACAGCGGCGCUGCGACGAUCUGACGAAACCAAUCGAAAAGACGACAUCUACUAUUCCAACUACGAAGACUACGCUACCUCAGACGGCCAAAACGAAGAAGAGGUUUUCGGAAAACUGAUCGCUGGAAUGCCUGAUCGCUCAUACUAUCGAAACACUCUACGACGCCGAGUAAGUCAGCCUGCCCGAACUGGCCAUCAAUACGGAAACUACCACGUACAGAGCUAUUCCGUUAACAAGUAUCCGCACAUCAACUACCGCAAUCAACCGCGUCCAGCCUACGCGGGAACUCCAGAAAUGUACACCAAUUACAACAAUCGGCAAGUGCAGGCCAAGUCUCAUAACGAGUUCUACUACAACACUCCACCCAGCUUCUACACAAAAUCCAGCUCCCCGGUCUACGUCGCUCCAGAGAGUACAACCCUUUCAACAACCACUACCACAACCACUCACAUGCCGUUGACAAGUGCUUCGUCCGCUUCCGACGAAAUGACAGACUCCGAGCAAGACCAAGAGUUGCUACCAAACCCAGCGGCUUACACUGCCGAGCACAGUCCGGAACAUCACGCUCAGUACGUAGUGGGAAGCGUUUACCACCAGGAUAACAGCAUGAUCGAUAUCAUCACUUCGGCUCCGGUUCCGGAACAUGGACCUCGCCGCCGAAAGCGUGACAUCGCCAGCGCAGAAAACGAAAUCGAUAACGAGAUCGAUAACGAAAUCUCCGGGAGCGGUGACAAAAAGCCGGAAGCCAUGACAACCAGCACUGGCGCUCCAGCAACAGUGACGACGAGCGCAGUAGGCAUUGACACGUUCGAUCCAACGACCGAGGGCGAAAAGGGAGACGCGAAUCCUCCUGUCCCAGCAGGCGAGCGCCCAAUCAGUUGGUCCGAGCUGAUCCGUAACACCGUUGAGAUGAAGCUGGUCGUCGGUAUCAACCUGCUGCAGGACGUGACCAGCAUGUUUCAAAGAUAUCUGAGCGGAGUUCAGCACCGCGUCGAAGAGCACUUCAAUCACACCAGCAGCGUGGUGCAGCAGUGAUCGAAUCUCUUUGAACCCAUCUGAUCGAUUUUUAGUUUAUGCUAUUUAAGACUCACCCAGUACACUCUUCGUUAUUGAGAGAGAUUGAUUCUUUGUCAGAAAAGCGUUCAACUUGCGGGUACGAGCUCGAGGAUUGAAUUCUCGUCUAUCAGAGUGCGAACUCAUCGUCAUCAUAAAGAAAACCCCAUUGAGAAACAUUCCCUUUGUUUAUAAUCAUUACUGUCUUCAUUCAUUUGACUGAACGAUCAAACCAAAAUCUAACCAAAAACAAAAAAAAAAUCUUAGAGUUUGGCUAAUGAGAAUUUUCUCCUGAUCUCGUAUCGAAUCCGAUUCGAAUCGAAGCAGGCACCAGCGAGUUGAACUGCGUGUCGAGCCUUCAGGCCAAGCCUACUACUGCCUGCGUUGCGCUGACCUCGUGACCCAGCACCGGUUUGCUGUGUGUGGGGGAGGUGCGGGAGCUGUAGGGCUGCCGAAGGCUUAUUUUUAAGACGGACUUUCACAAAUUUGCACCAAUUUUUUUUUAUAAACUCCCCAGUAAUCGACCACCGUUCCCAGUGAAAGAGGAAAAGAAAGAAAGCACACAGUUGAAAUAAAGUAAAACAAACGUUAAGCAAAA